AUGGCAACCGCCAAGUAUAAGUGGACGCGCGCCGAAGAGGACGCCCUGCGCGACGGCGUGCGCAAGCACGGCCCCGGAAAGUGGCGCACGAUCCAAAAAGACCCCGAGCUCGGCGACAUCCUGCGCGCGCGCUCCAACGUCGAUCUCAAGGAUAAAUGGCGCAACAUGAGAGAGUCCGGCGCGCUGGACGCGGCGGACGCGACGGGCGGCGCGGAGGAGGAGCGAGAGGCGUCGGAUAGGGAACACGCGGAGGGAGGCGGGAAACGACGACGACGCGACGGAGACGAAGCGGAGACUUCGAACGCGAAAGGGAAAGAAAACGCCAUGGAUGCGGUGACGAACGCGUUGUUUAACGAGACGCAGCGAGUGAAGCGAGAGGCGAGCGCGGCGGAGGCGGAGGCGAGCGCGGCGGAGGCGCACGCGGCGCGGUGCGAACGCGAGGCGUGGGAGGCGGAGAAACUGGCGAGGGAAUUGAUCGACGAGGCGCAGCGACAAAAGGUGGGGAUUCCCGUGGAAGGGACGGUGGACGUCGCGGACGUCGCGGCGGAUUUGCUCGAGGAGGAGUGA